AUUUUGGUAUUUCAGGCUUGAAAUUUGACCUUUUUAAUGCUAUCAAAUAUAAAAACUUUGCUUUUCUUCCAAUUUUCAUUCUUCUCAAGGAGCAACAUCUUCUCUAUCUACCUCGAGUGAUGUUAAAUGUUAUAAUUAAUAUGAAAAAAUAUCAAACUACACAUGCUGCUACUUAUCAAAGAGAUAUUUGUCCACGGUUGCAGCAGCAUAUUGGAAUAAAUCAAGUUAAAGAUUCCUCCUCGAACUUUCCAGCUUUUUGCUGAGCACCACAUUUCACUUCGUUUGGUCUCCACCAUGUCUGAGAUGUUUCAGGAGCCUCGAGGCCAAACCACCGUUCUUCACUCGACUCCACAAUACGCACAAACUUCCAAGUUUCUCAAAUUGUCUGCAGAGCUUUGUGGGUCUGCUUUGUGUGUUACAGUAAUCGAGGUCGUUUUGAGGAUAAAUGGAGCUCGUAGGUAUUCCAGCAACGACAGUGUCUAAAGUUGUCGACUGUAAAUAUAUCAUCACGCACACACAUGCACACACACACACACACACACACACUGGUCGGGUCCUGUCAGGGCAGAUUUUGAGAACACAGAGCAGCUGGAUGUGGUCAUGUGGCAUGCAUGGUGCGUGUGGGGUGUGCAGGGGGGUAAACACUCUCUUACCUCUCUUUAGUACCAGCUCGCCUGCCUGAAGCUCUUCCCUUUAUCAGUGUCUUCUUCUUCUUCUUCGUCUUCUUCUUCUUCUUGUUCUUCUUCUUCUUCUUCUUCACUCGUGAAUAUUAAUUCGUGGAUUCCCCCCCACAGAACGAACGCGGAGGUAAUUUUCUGUUUUUGAAUUUUGGCUACGAAUGAUUCAGACUGAGAGUGAGUGACUUCUAUGAACAGACGUCCUGUAUUGAAGCUCGUCUGUCCUGUGUGACCCCCUGACACAGAGAGGAUGGUGAUGGAGGAGGGGGGUCCAGGAGACAGAGGGAGGGGGGGUCCGGUGCUGGCCGGAGCGGAGGGACGGCAGAUCUUCGUGGAGCUCGGAGAGCAGAACCUCGACGCCAUUUGUCUUUCUACAUAUCGAACAUCCUGCAAACUCCGGUUUGUACAAAAGAGAUGCAACCUGCAUCUGAUCGACAUAUACAACGUGAUCGAGGCGGUGCGGGACGCCGGUCUGAACGCCGUGGAGCUGAACGCCGGCAUCUCCGUGAACCGACUGGAGAACCUGGUGUCGUCCCUGUUCAACCAGCUCAGCAAGCGGCUGCCCACCACGCACACCAUCGACCCGCAGGAGAGCACCGCCCUGUUCGUGGAGUUCUUACUGGCCGCCGUGGACAGUGAACCAGAGAGCCGACUGACGGUGCUGUCGGUGAAGGCGAUGCUGGCGAUGCUGUGUGGAGGCAAACUGGUGGAUAAACUCCGUUAUGUGUUUUCUCAGAUAUCUGACUCCGGUGGUGUGAUGGUUCUGUCCAAAUUCGAUGGGUUCCUGAGGGAAGCUCUGAAGUUGCCCACCGUCGUUCAUGAAGCGCCGUCCUUCGGCUACACACACACAACAGCUCGCUCGUGCUUCCCACAGCAGAAGAGGGUGAUGCUCAACAUGUUCCUGGACAUUGUCACCGACCCUCCUCAGUGUCUCGUUUGGCUGCCUCUCAUGCACCGACUGGCCAACGUGGAGCACGUCCAUCAUCCCGUGUCUUGCUCUUUCUGUCGUGGUGAGGGGAUGACGGGUUUCCGGUACCGCUGCCUCCGGUGCCGCGGCUACCAGCUCUGUCAGAACUGCUUCUGGCGCGGCAGCGUGAGCGGCUCCCACAGCAGCCGGCAUCAGAUGAAGGAGCACUCGUCCUGGAAGUCCCCAGCGACUAAGCUUGGUCGAGCCCUGAGCAGGACUCUGGGUUGCGUGUCAUCCAGAGAUCCCCCCCACCCAAUUUAUCCAGAGGAACCUGAGAGGACGCUGAACCUGUCCAAUAUCGUCCCCUCUCGGCCUGUUGGAAACGCCAAUGAGGCCAUGUUGCUGUCCUCCUCCUCACCCGGCUCCACCAAACGUUUGGCAGCGGCUCAGCGCAUGAACGAGGAACACGCUCUGAUCGCUGCGUACGUGAACCGUCUCCAGAGCAGCCCACGUAGUGUGGACUGUCCCAGCAGACAGGAUGAGGAGCACAAACUGAUCGCCCGCUACACCUCCCGCCUGGCGGAGUCUGACGGUUCAGGAGUGAUACCGAACCGGAGCAUCAACUUUGACGUGAACAAGCAGAAGAGGGAGCUCAUCGCUCAGCUGGAGAGUAAAAACAGAGAGAUCUUGGCAGAGAUAAAACAUCUCCGCACGGAGCACGACGCCGCCUGCCAGCUCGGCCCGGAGAGGGGCACCACCAACCCCACCCUGCUGGCCGAGCUCCGCCUGCUCAGACAGAGGAAAGACGAGCUGGAGCAGAGGAUGUCGUCUCUACAAGAGAGCAGGAGGGAGCUGAUGGUGCAGCUGGAGGGGCUGAUGAAGCUGCUCAAGGCGCAGGCCGCUGGCUCUUCUCACGCUUCUCCCUCCCGCCCGAGUCCUUCAGCCGUUCGCUCUCUAGGUGCCGCGUCUCCUCAGGCUCACAUGUACCCCCCCCAGGACUCCCUGGCCGGGGUGGGGGGGGACGUUCAAGAGGCCUUCGCUCAAGGCUCAAGAAGGAACCUGAGGAACGACCUCCUGGUGGCAGCUGACUCCAUCACCAACACUGUGUCCUCCCUGGUCAAGGAGCUGCACUCGGAUGAUGGUCGGGAGGAAGAGGAGCGGCUGCUGAACGGGAAGGACAGAGCAGGUUAAAAUCAUUGGAGGAACAACUAGAGCAGUGUGAAGUUUCAUCUUGGCCGAACGAGACCCAGCAGGGAUUCAAGCGGAUCUUCCUAGAAACCUCGUUAGCCAAUGGGGAUGAGCGCUCCACUGCCGAUCAACCAAUCACGAUGCUGGACACCAAAUGACCCCCACAGCAGGGGGGGGGUCCCUACUGAUGUAUAGCUGUGAUUCUGUGUGUGUGUGUGUGUGUGUCUGGUCACUGUGGUUUUACGUUAGUUUUUUGAUUUGAUCGUGUGUAGCUAAACGAGCAGACGGAAACCUGCUGAUUUGUACUGUAGCAUGUGUGUGUGUGUGUGUGUGUGUGAUCUGUGUUUUUUCGGUAUUGCGAGAUGGUCGAGCAAGUGAGAGAGAGAGAGACACCGUGAAGAGACAGAUGAGCUGCGUUCAGGACAUUUGUGAAGGAAUAGUUGUUUUUUUAAAAAGGAGGAAAGUUUCCGGACCAGGAAGAAGGAAGUGUGCGUAACCACGUGAGAGGAGGAACAUAGGAAAGUGAAAAAGAGAGAGAGAGAGAGAGAGAGAGACAGGAAGUGAGAUGUAACGUUUCAAGUUUCAGCACUGUGUGCUUAGUAUUUAUUGCUUUGAUUUGAUCUUUGACAUUUAUUCAUACGGUUGAGUGCCUCUGUGUACGCCAGUGUGGUCGGGCCCUGCUGUAAGCUUUAAUGCCCCCCCCCCCCCUCGUCUGGUCCAAGCGGUGCAGAGUUGAAGUGUUGGUCCGGGUCUGAAACCUGGACCAGAUUAGUGCCGUGGUGCUGGAAGUCGUCAACGCCUCUCUGUGGAUCCCACUGCUGCAGCAGGACCACGGUUAAAGAGGUCAUAUCUGAUUACUGUGUGUGUGUGUGUGUGAGAGCAAGCGUGUGUGUGUGUGUGUGUGUUCAACAGGGGAGGGGCAAAUCCUUAAUGCCCAUUUUAAAAGUUUUCUUUUAAAGGAUCAGUUCAAGAAGAGAAAUUAAAAAGAAUCCUUGGUUUUUAAUUUGUGAAAUAUUGGAUAACCAGCCAACAACAGUCCGACACUUGAUUGUUUUGGUUUUAGAGAAUUAAUAUAUACAAGAAAAAAGCAAGUCGUCUGAUCAUAUGAAUUUUGAUUUGUCUUAAUAUAUAAAGAAUUUGAAAAAUAGUUCCUGGUUCCCCCUUUGCCCAUUGGUGCACAUCUGCACCAACAUGUAAGACCUCGUCCCUCCAAGUUAAAAAUAGUUUCCUGUAUUAAUCCUGCCAACAAAUAAAAAAACAAUAAGCACAUUCUGGAGCUAAUCAUUUAAAUUAUGUGUAAAAUUUGAUUAAAUUUGAUCUUUACUCAUUAUUUAUUAUAUUUUAUUUUUUAAUAGAGUAAGAAAUCAGUUAAUUAAUUUCUUGCAACAACAGAAGAAGAAAAUAAUCAGAAAUAAGGUUUGAAAAUUACAGAAUUUUGUCCGUUCAAGUCCUGAAACUGCAAAUAAAACUCAAAUGUGAUUUAUUCCAUCCAAAUAUUCUCAAAAUGAACUCUCUGCCCCCCCCCCUCCUCCUUCAACCGGACCCAAAGCGACUCACUGAGCUCGACUCACGUCAGGUUGAUCUGAUUUUCAUUCAGCAGCCAUGAGAUGUUAUUUUUAAUAAACAUGUUUGGAUUCGUGUUCACAGGAAGUUGUACUUUUGCUGUAAUGUACAUUUCUGCAUCAGUUUACCCCCCCUCCCGGACUCCACUUUGUUCGCCUGACUACUUGCGGCUGGGAUUAUCACGUUUCUGAGUCCGCAGCGAUGAUUGACUGACAGUGCCAGUGAUUUAAUAAACGAAUGAACUCAUGUUUCAACGUGUGUGUGUGUAUGUAUGUGUGUGAGAAAAAGGGAGAGCGAGAGAAAUCAAGACUGACAGGACCGGCUCGUCCAGACAUGAAACUCGUUCAGCUCUGAACCUGCCGGAGCUGAGACGCUGUGUGAGUGAAACGUGUGGAUCAUCUGCAAUAAAUUAUAUUUAACAUCAAA